UGUGGGCACGCCAUCGGAUCGUAUCUCCAUGGGAUCGAUGGAGUCUAGGACCACUCUCCAACCCCCCCCCCCCUUCCCUCUCUCCUCACUCUCUAUAAACCGAUAUGGAAGGGAAUGACGAAUCGUCCUUUUCUGCUCCGCCGCGUCUGCCGGGUUGCUGAUCGACGUUGGAUUAGCCUCGACAGCCUAAGACACAAGACUAGCGCAGGCAAUAUCACGCACAAGAGCUCGACCCGUCUGGCGCCCAUGCACACACCCUUGGACUGGGGAAAAUGUCUCAGCGGAUCGCUGACGGACGAUCGUUGGGCGUCGAUUCCUCUGCUUCCGCCUACUCACGAAGUAUCCCCAUCUGUCCCCCCCCCCCCCAGGUUGAGCUUGGCCGUCGCCAUGCUUUGGCUCGAAAAUUUCCCGGGCGACGUCGGCUCGAAGGGGAGGGGGAGCAGACGGACUCCGCAUUUGCCCAGCGCCCAGCCGGUUGGCGUUCAACGGUUUCCUAGCCGCAUCCCGCCAAGUCGAAAACCGCACAAGACGGAAAACGGGUGGUUAGCGGGUGCAGCGUUGAAGAGGGAGAGAGAGAGAGAGAGGCGGCUCAGUCGGCUGGAGCGAACUGCGUGUGGUCCGGACAGAUCGCCGAGUGGACGUCACGUCAAGACGCACGUCGGGGUGGGGGAAUGAUUGCCGUGGCGAACGUUUUGUCGGAUUGCGGCUGGCUGUUCCUCUUCUCACCGGGAGGAUGGAAACCGGCUGUCACGGCCGGAUGCCUCUCAAGCUUUUGUGUUUUCCUGUAUGGCGCUGCAUUCGAGUUGCUUGUUGUGCGAGC